AUGGAGAUUGAGAUGCAGUCAGGAUCGUCUGAUUUUGGCGAUUUUGAAGAAACCCAUCCAAGAAAAAAUUCUGAUUUUGUUCCCAGAAAAAAGCUUUGGAACUCAAAUAGUAUCAACAGUGAACCCAGGGGAUCAGUAUCACGAAUUUCCAAAUCCAGGGAAUCUGAAAAUGACGAUGAUUUCGAGUUUCUAAUUACUAAAAGCCAAACAGCUAAAAAAAUUAUAAAACUAAACUCAAACUCAUUCGUUCGCCAUAAUUAUAGAAAUUCUCAUGAAGGUUAUCAAUGUAGCUAUAGAGGGAAAAUGGAAGAUUAUCGGAGCAAUUUUGAAAAUAUUAAUAAUCAAAAUAAUUAUUCUAAAUAUAACACUUCAAAAAGUUGUGAAAGAAAUGCGGAAAGCACUUUAAAUAGAAGAAAAUGGGAAGAAAAGGAUUAUAACAAACGUGGUCAUCCAGGUUUGGAGAGAAAAAUAGAUUUUGAUCCUUUUAUGUCCGGGUCAAAUUCAGAAGCUGACUUAGCAAGCGUUCAUGAAGAUGAUGUUUAUUCAUAUCAGAACAACGUAAGACACCCCAAUCAUGAUUUCCCAAAUCAACAUCUUACCCCUGUUCGAUAUUCUGGUGACACCGUAUAUCCUAAACGGCGUUAUAUUAUCUUGGCUAAAAUUAAAGGCUUUUUCAAGUUUGUUGGUUUUGAACCAAAAAUCGAAGAAAAACUCGUAUCCAAUUACACUGAUUAUUAUUUACAUAGUAAAUCACGAGCUAGAUUAUUGAGUAAUCAACAACCUCCAGGAGAUCUUGAUACCGAAACCAACGGUGAAAUUAAAACUGGUGUAAAUGAUUUUGAGAAUUCUGAAUUAAACUCGAGAAAUAUUUCAGAUUCAGCAUUCCGUUUUCCUGUAAAAAAUGCUAGAAGACCCAAAAAAAGGAUCAAUUUUUCACGACUCAGGUUUAGACGCUCUAAUAAACCUGUUCUAAAAUGUAAUAAAACCGGCAAACCAAUUAAACUCCAUUCUUUCCCCGAUUAA